AUGGGGGACGAGGUGCAGCUCCCCUCGGGCAGCCCGGCCCUGCAGAAGCCGCCUUACACCUACGCGGCUCUCAUCGCCAUGGCCAUUCGGGCCAGCCCCGAGCAGCGCCUGCCGCUCAGCGGCAUCUACAGCUACGUCUCGGGCCGCUUUCCCUAUUACCGCCGCGGCCCUAAGGGCUGGCAGAACGGCAUCCGCCACAACCUCAGCCUCAACCCCUGCUUCCUCCGCCUGCCCCGCCGCUCCGGCGCCCCGCACCGCGGCGGCGAAUGGGCUCUGGAUCCCGCUUUCCAGGACGCGUUCCCGGGGGGCGAUCGCCGCCGCCGCCGCCGCUCGAUCCAACCUCCGCCGCCGCUCCCCUGCUGUCCGUGCGCUGCCCGCCCCGCUCUGCCCCGCGGCUGCCGCUGCUCCGAGCCGCCCGCCUGGAGCCCGCCCUGCCGCUCCGGUGCCCGACAAGCGCUGCUCACCUGGAGCCCGUCCUGCUUCCCGGGCUGCCAACGAGGGCCGCCCGCCUGGAGCCCGCCUUGCUGCACGCCCUGCUGCCCGGAGUCCCCGCAAGCGCUGCCCGCCUGGAUCCCGGGGCCGAACCCAGCGCUGCCCGCGUGUAGCUCGGCUUCGUCCCCGCUGCAGCCCGCCUGGCCGCUGUCCGGCGUCGCCUCUGCUGCUGUCCAGUGCCCGCCCGAGCCGGGCUCCCACCGCCCUCUGGCUGCCAGCAGGGCCCCGGUGCUGCCCUGA